AAAGGAGAAGGGGGAGGCCGGGACUGUAUGGUGGAGGGUGGUGUGUGUGUGUGUCUGUGGGAGAGAGGGGGGAGACGCGUCUGGCGAGGAGAAAGCCCAAGGUCAAGAGGCAGUUCUCCUCCAUGGAAGAAGACGGCAGCGAUGAGCCGUGAGGAGGACGAAGAGGAGAAGGGGCGGAUGGCUGAGGGCUGCCGGGCUUCCCCGAGGGAGUGAGGAGACAGCGCCGAAGGGGCCGGAGGAGACGGCGCCGGGGUCGGGAGGAGGGAGGAGAGGAAGGCCAGGAGGAAGCGGGGGGUUUGAAUCUCCCUGCCCGGAUCGUUUCUCUCUCAGGGGAAGCUCCUGACGCGGCGCUGACCCUGCUGCCAGUUCUCCGCGCCUCGGUCCAUGGCCCCCGCGGCGAGGAUGGAGCCGGGCGGCGCCCUGAGGAGAGCAGGGGCUGCCCCCGCGCCCCCCGGAGCCGGGAGCCCUUUCCCCUCCGCCUGCUGCGGCUGCUUCUCCUCGCUCCUGGAUGUGAACAGCUGGCUGCUCUUCUACGCCUUCUUGUACCUGGCCCUCUACGCCCAGGUGUCCCAGUCCAAGUCCUGCGACAAAAUCUCCUGCUUCUCGGGUCAUUGUGUCAACUCCACCUGCGUCUGUGACCAGGGCUGGGUGGGAGACCAGUGCCAACACUGCCAGGGCAGGUUCAAGUUAACAGAACCUUCUGGAUAUUUAACAGAUGGACCAAUAAAUUAUAAAUAUAAAACUAAAUGUACAUGGUUAAUUGAAGGAUAUCCUAAUGCAAUACUGAGAUUGAGGUUUAAUCACUUUGCCACAGAAUGUAGUUGGGACCAUAUGUAUGUAUAUGAUGGAGAUUCAAUAUAUGCACCUUUAAUAGCUGUAUUUAGUGGUUUAAUAGUCCCUGAAGUGCGUGGAAAUGAAACUGUUCCUGAAGUUGUUACUACAUCUGGCUAUGCACUGCUACACUUUUUUAGUGAUGCUGCUUAUAAUCUGACAGGAUUUAACAUUUUCUAUUCAAUUAAUUCUUGUCCUAAUAACUGCUCAGAACAUGGAAAGUGUACAACCAGUAUGUCCGUUCCAAGCCGGGUAUACUGUGAGUGUGACAAGUAUUGGAAAGGAGAAGCCUGUGAUAUUCCGUAUUGUAAAGCCAACUGUGGCAGUCCAGAUCAUGGGUACUGUGAUUUGACAGGAGAGAAGCUGUGUGUAUGCAAUGAUAGCUGGCAAGGUCCAGAUUGUUCUUUGAAUGUCCCUUCCACGGAGUCUUACUGGAUUUUACCAAAUGUAAAGCCAUUCAGCCCUUCUGUGGGCCGGGCUUCCCAUAAGGCAGUUCUACAUGGAAAAUUUAUGUGGGUGAUUGGUGGAUACACUUUUAACUACAGUUCAUUCCAAAUGGUGUUGAACUACAAUUUGGAAAGCAGUAUAUGGAACGUAGUACCUGUAUCCAAAGGGCCACUCCAGAGAUAUGGACACACUCUUGCUUUGUAUCAGGAGGACAUCUACAUGUAUGGAGGCAAAAUUGAAACAAACAAUGGCAAUGUCACUGAUGAGCUGUGGAUUUUCAACAUACACAGUCAAACGUGGAGUAUCAGAACUCCUGCAGUACUUGUACAUGGCCAACAGUAUGCUGUGGAAGGUCAUUCAGCACACAUAGUAGAGCUGGACAGCAGAGAUGUGGUUAUGAUAAUCAUUUUUGGAUAUUCUGCCAUAUAUGGUUAUACAAGCAUUGUGCAAGAAUACUACAUCAGGUCAAAUUCUUGGCUUGUACCAGAAACGAAAGGAGCGAUUGUACAAGGUGGAUAUGGCCAUACUAGUGUCUAUGAUGAACUGACAAAAUCUGUUUAUGUCCAUGGCGGAUACAAAGCAUUACCUGGUAAUAAAUACGGAUUGGUUGAUGAUCUUUACAAAUAUGAAGUUAAUACUAGAACAUGGACUAUUUUGAAAGAGAGUGGUUUUGCAAGGUACCUUCAUUCAGCUGUCUUAAUCAAUGGAGCUAUGCUCAUUUUUGGUGGGAAUACUCAUAAUGAUACUUCCCUGAGUAACGGUGCGAAGUGCUUUUCUGCUGACUUUCUUGCAUAUGACGUAGCUUGUGACGAAUGGAAGAUUUUACCAAAACCUAAUCUGCACCGAGAUGUCAACAGAUUUGGUCACACUGCUGUUGUCAGUAAUGGGUCAAUGUACAUAUUUGGAGGCUUUUCAAGUGUUCUUUUGAAUGACAUCCUUGUAUACAAGCCUCCGAACUGUGAAGCAUUCAGAGACGAAGAGCUGUGUAAAAAUGCUCGUCCAGGGAUAAGGUGUCUGUGGAACAAGAAACAUUGUGAAUCCUGGGAAUCUGGAAAUGCCAACAACAUCCUUCGAGCAAAAUGUCCUAAGAAAACAGUUGCUGCAGAUGACAGAUGUUACCGAUACGCAGACUGUGCAAGCUGUACUGCCAAUACAAAUGGGUGCCAAUGGUGUGACGACAAGAAGUGCAUUUCAGCAAACAGUAACUGUAGCAUGUCAGUUAAAAACUACACCAAAUGUCACGUGAGAAAUGAACAGAUCUGCAAUAAACUGACUAGCUGCAAAAGCUGCUCGCUACACCUGAACUGCCAGUGGGACCAGCGGCAGCAGGAGUGCCAGGCCUUACCUGCUCAUCUGUGUGGGGAAGGAUGGAGUCAUAUUGGAGAUGCCUGCCUCCGCAUAAAUUCUAGUCGUGAAAGCUAUGACAAUGCCAAACUGUAUUGCUACAAUUUAAGUGGGAAUCUUGCCUCAUUGACAACCUCAAAAGAAGUGGAAUUUGUUCUGGAUGAGAUACAGAAGUAUACGCUUCAGAAAAUUUCACCUUGGGUAGGCUUACGCAAGAUCAACAUCUCCUACUGGGGAUGGGAUGACAUGUCUCCUUUUACAAAUACAACUCUGCAAUGGCUUCCUGGAGAGCCAAAUGACUCUGGCUUCUGUGCAUAUCUAGAAAGAGCAGAGGUGGCAGGUCUGAAAGCGAAUCCAUGCACUGCAAUGGCAGAUGGUCUUGUCUGUGAAAAACCUGUCGUUAGUCCCAACCAGAAUGCAAGACCGUGCAAAAAGCCAUGCUCCCUGAGAACAACAUGUUCCAACUGUACGAGUAAUGGUAUGGAAUGUAUGUGGUGCAGCAGUACUAAACGAUGCGUUGAUUCAAAUGCCUAUAUAAUCUCCUUCCCCUAUGGACAAUGUCUAGAAUGGCAAACUGCCACGUGCUCCCCUCAAAACUGCUCUGGACUGAGGACCUGUGGGCAGUGCUUGGAACAGCCUGGCUGUGGAUGGUGCAAUGAUCCCAGUAACACUGGAAAAGGGCAAUGUUUGGAAGGAUCAUCAAGAGGACCGAUGAAGCCUGUUAGCAUGCAUUCUAAUGAAAUGGCACUUGAUGCUAGUCUUUGCCCAAAAGAAAAAAACUAUGAGUGGUCUUUUAUCCAGUGUCCAGCUUGCCAGUGUAAUGGCCACAGCACCUGCAUCAACAGCAAUGUUUGUGAUCAAUGUAAAAACUUAACAACAGGAAAACAAUGUGAAACAUGCAUGCCAGGAUAUUAUGGGGAUCCCACUAAUGGAGGACAAUGUACAGCUUGCACGUGCAGUGGACAUGCAAAUAUUUGUCACAUGCAAACAGGAAAAUGUUUCUGCACAACUAAAGGAAUCAAAGGAGACCAGUGUCAACUCUGUGACUCUGAAAAUAGGUAUCUUGGAAAUCCACUUAGGGGAACAUGUUACUACAGCCUUUUGAUUGAUUACCAGUUUACCUUCAGCUUAUUACAAGAGGAUGAUCGCCAUCACACUGCCAUAAACUUCAUAGCAAAUCCAGAGCAGUCAAAUAAAAAUUUGGAUAUAUCAAUUAAUGCAUCAAACAACUUCAACCUCAAUAUUACAUGGUCUAUUGGCUCUACAGCAGGAACAAUAUCUGGAGAAGAGAUUCCUGUUGUUUCUAAGGCUAAUAUUAAGGAAUACAGAGACAGCUUUUCUUGCGAAAAAUUUAACUUUCGGAGCAACCCAAACAUCACUUUCUAUGUCUAUGUCAGUAAUUUUUCAUGGCCAAUCAAAAUACAGAUUGCCUUCUCACAGCACAAUACUAUCAUGGAUCUGGUGCAGUUCUUUGUCACCUUCUUCAGUUGUUUCUUAUCCUUACUGCUGGUAGCUGCUGUCGUUUGGAAAAUCAAACAAACCUGUUGGGCUUCUCGACGGAGAGAGCAACUUAUGCGGGAGCGACAGCAGAUGGCCAGCCGCCCCUUUGCUUCUGUCGAUGUAGCACUGGAAGUAGGAGCUGAGCAAACAGACUUUCUACGAGGGCCAUUAGAGGGUGCUCCUAAACCAAUUGCUAUCGAGCCAUGUUCAGGAAACAAAGCAGCUGUCCUCACGGUAUUUUUAUGUCUGCCAAGAGGAUCAUCAGGAGUCCCACCCCCGGGUCAGUCAGGUCUUGCAAUUGCAAGUGCACUGAUAGACAUUUCACAACAGAAGCCUGCAGACUGUAAAGAUAAGAGUUCAGGAGUCAGAAAUCGAAAACAUCAUCUUUCAACACGUCAAGGAACUUGUGUCUGAGAUUCAAAAACUUCAAUUGUAUAUUCUGUAAUGUUUUCUUUUUAAAUGGCUUCCAUUGAAAGCUAUACUACAGCCUCAGUUUUUAUGGAGGCAAAUCUAUGAAUGAACAUAUGAGGUACUGUGCUCUGUUAGUCACACAGCCUACUAUGCCCCAAAGCAGAACAAACUUAUGGUAGGUAUAUUUGAUGAGCUUUAAUGAAAAGAGUGGAUUCUGAUAUCAACAAAAGAUUAAAUAAAUACCUAGCAUUCUUAAUCCUGAACAUAUCAGAGCAAGGAAAAUCCUUGAGCAGAACUAGGAAAAACUGUACAUUGUUUUGUAAUGUAGAAGGAAAUUGUAUAAUUGAAAAUUAAGCGAAUUCCAGGAAACUAAAGGACAUUUUUGUAUAGCUUAAUGUAACAAUGAGAAUCGUACAGUUCUUUCCUUGUAAUCAGAAUUAAGAUGUCUUUCCAGUAAGCAGGAACUACAGAGGAUCAUUUGGAUUUCAGUGUUUUUUUACCAUUGCCCAAAAUAGGUAGGCAACUUUUGAAUUUAGCAUAGGUAGAACCUGAGAAUACCACAAGUAAUAUUUAAAGGAAAAUUCUAUUUAAAAAAAAAUUAUUUCAGAAUUUCUUUUUUUUUUUUUUUUUAACUUGCAAAAGGUUCAGAAAUGUAAUCUGUGUUGCUACAGAGUGAUGGGUGGGCUUUCAUUUUUCUGUUCCUAAUACUCUUUUCAGAAUUCUGAUUGAGAUAUUUUACAAACAGCUCAUGUGAGACUUCCAUGCCAGGCAAUUCAUUAGCAAAAUUGAUUGAGCAUGAGAAAGUUUCUUUUGUGAUCAAGUUUGGCAUUUUUUCCAAGAGAGUCUCCAAGAUUGCAAGUCUAACUUGCUGUUACUCUACAGUAAUAUACCUGCUCCCAUUUCAAAACUGAAAGUUUCUAGUAUCUAUAAAUUAUUCUGACCUUCAAACAAAAGAAAUGAAUCCCAGUCAGCACUUUGACCCUUGUUUAACAGCACAAUAUGGUUUUCUGAUGGUGUUGAUCUCCCAGCUACAGAAUUUCAUCUCAGCCUCACUUUCAAAGCAAUUACCCUGCAUACCAAAAAUUAAGUAUGUAUUUAUAAAUUCAAGUUGCUUCCAACGGUGGUUCUGAAAUUCAACAUCCAGUAUGGAUCCUCACACAAUCAGUACUCAGCAACAACAAGCAGACAAAAGAGCUUCCUUUUCACUGGACAUUAGCCUUUUGGGGGCUUGGUCACCACCACAUAUAACCUAGCAAACAGCUUUAAUGGCCCUCAGGCUUUUUAUUUGCUCAAAAUUCACAAAUAUACAAAAAAGUAAGAGUAUGCUAGGGGUAGGUAGCAGACGUGUCAUGUUCUAAUUUAUGCAUUACACGUUGACAGCAGUAUAAUAUGAAGAAAGUAGUUUUGUAUGAGCUUGUUGAAAGUGUAGUUUCUCAGCUACAAAUUUGCCACCAUGCUAGUACAGGAGACUGAUACAGAGGUAUAAAUUCCUCAUGUAAUGAUAGACUUUUGGUAAAUAUGAAAGAUAUAAAAAGAUAAUUGAUGUUUACUACUAUAUCUGUAUUUUUCAUGUUCUUUUUAUUUCAGGAAAAUGAUGACAUUUUACUGUUUAUAGUUGACUACAUAGUUACUUGCAUGCAAUGGUGGUGCAGUAGCAGUAAUAAAGCCCUGUUGUGAGUUGUGUUUAUUUUGUAAUGCCAUUCAUACCUUGAAGUACUCAGCUUAAUUAAUUUGGGUGAGGACUAAGUGUAAAAAUAACUAUAAAAAGGAACGAUUGUACAGUGUGUAGUUAUAUCUUAUACAGAAAUAUUAGGUUUCAUCUAACCAUGACUGCUCUAUUGUUUUGAUAAAUUAUGCACUUAUGAAUUAUGAUAUAAUUAUUUCUUAUGCUGGCAUGAUUGCUUCAGUAUUUUCAUAUCUUAAAAUUAGAUUAUUAUCCUAAAAUAAUGACAUCACAAUUUUGUGACUUUUAUUGCCUAUUCUGACUUCAAUCUCUUAUAUCUUAAAAUUUCAAAAACUCCUUCUUAAAGCUCCUAUUGGGAACUUUCAAUCAGUGCUACUUAAUAGAGUGAAAAAAAUGGUCUUUUGUAAACAACCCUUUCUGUCGGUUUUCAAGUUGAUCUGUUCAAAUGAAUAUAAGCCAGUGGAACUGGUUUAUAGGAUACAUACUUUUAAGAAAACGAAAGAACCACUUGUCUGGAAUAUUUUCCAAGCUCUGUAUUAUCCUCAGCCUAAACAUUUCACAUAAGAAAUAUACAGUGUGUGUUUUUUUGAGUGUACUGGAAACCUUGUGCACAGAAAGACCAUGUAUUCUUGUAGAGCAGUUCUGACUGUACUCACAAAGGAUUACUUUUCUGUAUCUCAACUGGAGUUUUACAAUUACUUGAAAAGCAGAUAUGAGUUUAAAAGGGAAUAAAUAUUUUAUUGCAACAUUGGAAAUGGGCAAAUAUCAGACAUUUUAUUAUUAUGUUAACAGUAAAAAAUGUUACUUUAUUGUAUAAGAAAAGCAUGUUUGUUAUGGGAUCAUUCAGCAUUUUCAUUCACUCUGAGAAUGUUUUCUCUUAAUGUAUCUUUCUUCUCCCAGGGUCCCUAACUGCAUGCAAAUUAGUAAAGGCAUACAAUAAUAAAAUAGAGAGAAAUAGUUAUAUAACGGCCAAACCUAAAUACCAGAAGAUUGCCAACAGACUUCAAACCAAAGCUUCAGAGUAACUGUUACCACUUUCUAUUUUAAAGGUAUAAAAAUAGUAUGAUAUGUCUGGUAGCAACUUUCUGUCAGUUGUUGGCAAGUCCUAGCUUUUUAAGAAUGACCUCUGUAUAUCAGAUGAGAUGUUUUAUCAACUAUCAUAUUAUGACUGAUUCAUGAGAAAGCCAAUUUUGUUAAACCCUGCUUUCCAAGAUUAACAUUUGAACUCUUUCUUACAGUCAGAAAAUGUUGAAUGGCCUGUUUUAACCCUAGUGUGAUUUACGUUGGACGAAAAAUAAAUGACUAAAUGCUGUGCUGGAAAGUAAGCCCAUAGUGAAGUUUUGAU